AACAGAAUAAAGUCACCAAUCAUGGAAUCAAUUACACCUCAAGAUUUCUCCGACAGAGUCAUUCUCUUCACAUUUCCUCUCAAAUAUUUCACAACACCCCAUUCAGCAAAACACUAAAACCAAUCAAACAAACAUGAACUGCUUCAAGCCCAAGAGAUCAAAACCUCCUCCCCCCGCAAAAACCACCUCGUCACCACCACCCCAACAGAUACAAGAAAUCCCAGAAAACAAGAAUGUGAAACAUGAGAUCCUUAUGAGAAUCCCGUCAUGCAGAGUUCAUCUGAUGGAUGGAGGCGAAGCCCUGGAACUCGCUGCCGCAGAUUUCGAGCUCCUUCGGAUAUUGGACGAGAAUGUAUCUCUAGCCACCACCAUAAAAGUUGGUGAGGAGCUGCAGUGGCCGCUCACGAAGGAUGAGCCUGUUGUGAAGCUUGAUGCGUUGCACUAUCUCUUCUCCUUGCCGAUGAAAGACGGCGAGCCUUUGAGCUAUGGGGUUUCUUUCUCGGACGGGAAUGGUGCCGAUCUGGGCUUGCUGGAUUCGUUUCUCAAGGAGAAUUCGUUGUUCAGUUCAUCGUCAUCGAGAAGCAGAAAAGGGGAUAUUAACUGGAAGGAGUUUGCGCCGGCUGUCGAUGAUUACAACAGUGUUUUGGCUAAGGCGAUUGCUGGAGGCACAGGACAGAUUGUUAAGGGUAUCUUCUACUGCAGCAAUGCUUACACUAACCAGGUACAAAAAGGCGGGGAAACGAUUCUGAUUCGGGCAGCUGAGGAGAAAAAUCAGGUAGCAUUAAAAGAUAGUACAAAAAGCAACAGCAAUGGUGCAAAUAAAAAGAGUGCUGUCAACAAAAGCCUCAAACGUGUGAGGAAAUUGUCGAAGAUGACAGAAAAAAUGAGCAAAGCGAUGCUGGACGUUGUCGGGGUCGCUUCUGGCUCGGUGAUGGCACCCGUCGUUCGUUCCCAAGCUGGAAAGACAUUGCUGUCCAUGGUACCUGGAGAGGUUCUCUUGGCUUCCCUUGAUGCAGUCAACAAAAUAAUAGAUGCAGCAGAAGCUGCUGAAAAGCAAGCCAUGACGGCCACCUCCGGAGCAGUCACAAGGAUGGUCACUAACAGGUUGGGAGAGAGUGCGGGAGAGGCAACAGAAGACGCGCUGGCGACCGCAGGCCACUGUGCGGGAACUGCUUGGAAUGUAUUCAAGAUAAGGAAAGCCAUCAACCCCGCCUCAUCCGUUCCCUCCGCAGCCCUCAGGAAUGCAGCGAAAUCCGCGAAGCUGUAGGAGGAGUUGAUGUCCUGUUGACAACAUCUUGCUCGUUUUGUAUUCAAAACAUGUGGGUGGCACAGUUACUAUUAUGAUUUCUAUAUGUUCAGCACUGAAUUAAGGAAAAAUUUCAUUUGCAUCAAAUUGUUACUGUUAUAAUUAUUAAUAUUUGUUGAAUUUUUUAGCAGAGUUGAUAUUAUUUGAUCAUUUUAGAUGUGAUCGAUUUGUGGUGUUAUAUUAUUGGGUUUAGAUAUAUUUUUGAUCCCGUAAUUUUGGCAGUUUGGUACUUUUUAUCUUGUAUAUUUUUAGAGUUGUUAAGUUAAUUUUUUGAUGUUUUCGUGA